UCUCGCGAGAGGAGCCGCCCGCGCGCCCCCGAGCAUGGGGCUGUGCGGGUGGGGCUGGGCACGCUGCGGGUCCCUGCGGCUCCCCGGCGGCGCGGGCCCGCUCUGGGCGCUGGUGCUGGGCCGGGUGUCCCCGCGGCUGGAGGGGAGGGCUCGGUGCGGGCUCUGGGUGCCGGUCCCAUGGGGGGCCCGCGGGCUGCGGAGCUCCAACCCCUUCACCCGCAAGCAGGAGGAGGAAUGGCGGCGUCGGAACCGGUCGGCGCUGGCGUACAUCGCCGCCGCCGCCGUGGGCAUGGUGGGCAUGUCGUACGCGGCCGUGCCGCUCUAUCGCCUCUACUGCCAGGCCACGGGCAUGGGCGGGACGACGGGCGCUGGGCACGGCUCGGAGCAGAUCGAGAGCAUGCAGCCGGUGAGGGACCGGGUCAUCAGGGUCACCUUCAACGCAGACGUGCACUCCAGCAUGCAGUGGAACUUCAAACCGCAGCAGAGCGAGAUCUUCGUGGUGCCAGGAGAAACAGCGUUGGCCUUUUACAAAGCGAAAAACCCGACUGACAAACCCAUAAUUGGAAUCUCUACAUACAAUGUAAUACCUUUUGAAGCAGGACAGUACUUCAAUAAGAUACAGUGUUUCUGUUUUGAAGAACAACGACUGAAUCCUCAGGAGGAAGUGGACAUGCCUGUCUUUUUCUACAUUGACCCAGAAUUUGCAGAGGACCCUAAAAUGGCUAAAGUUGAUUUGAUCACUCUCUCUUACACCUUUUUUGAAGCAAAGGAAGGACAGAAGUUACCACUUCCUGGGUAUCAGUAACAGGCAGUCUCUACACAAUUCAACUUCUGGUACGUGAUUACCAGUUUAGAAACCAUUUUUCCAUGGAAGGAAGAACUAUGGGAAUACUGUGUGGUAUGAUAUUAUAUUAUUAAACCACCAUGGGCACA